CGGGUCCGGAUUGAAUAGAGCAAAGCCUAUACAGGACUCCCAGAGAACCGCUCCAAGUGUUUGUGCGACACAGGACAAAUGAAGAGCUAUGACCAGUGAAAACCACGGAACAGUCAAGGGAGAGUCGCCAGUGGUCAUGCCACCCACGGGGUCGUCGUCACAGGGGUCUCCUCUUACACCCUCUACCAGCAAACCCAUCCAAGAGCUGCCAGAUGAGCUGAUACAGGCUGGAUGGUCCAAAUGUUGGAGUAAGAGGGAGAAUCGGCCAUACUAUUUCAACCGCUUCACCAACCAGUCGCUCUGGGAGAUGCCAGUCUUUGGACAGCAUGAUGUCAUUUCUGAUCCUCUGGGUUUGAACGCUGCCCCAGCCUCAGGCGAAGGCCCGGGGGACGCAGGAGUGGGAAACGGGCAACACAAGAGACGACCGUCAGAGGAGGCCUCACAGGGGGGGCCAAACAGCUUCAAGAGGCCAAAGGUUGAGAUUCCUGUAACACCAACUACACCUACAGUUCCCAUUUCUCCCAGCACACCAGGAGUGAGACCCUGGAACUCCACGACUGAGGAUAAGCAGGCCCAGCCCAGUACCCCUGCCCCCGCCCCUGCCCCCGCCCCCACCCCCGCCCCCUACCGUCCCUCUGUAGUCUACUGGGACUUGGACAUCCAAACCAACGCCGUGAUUAGAGAGCGCGCUCCAGCCGACUACCUCCCCCCUCAUCCUGAGAUAGAGCUCCAACGAGCCCAGCUCACCACCAAACUACGACAGCACUACCAUGAGCUCUGCUCCCAACGAGAGGGCAUCGAGCCACCGCGCGAGUCCUUUAACCGCUGGCUGCUGGAGAGGAAGGUGGGGGAUAAAGGGGUGGACCCUCUGCUCCCCAGCGAGUGUGAACCCGUCAUCUCCCCGUCUAUGUUUCGCGAAAUCAUGAAUGAUAUCCCAAUCAGGUUAUCUCGCAUUAAAUACAAGGAAGAGGCCAGAAAGCUUUUAUUCAAAUAUGCAGAGGCAGCCAAGAAAAUGAUCGAUUCCAGGAACGCCACCCCAGACAGCAGGAAGGUAGUGAAGUGGAACGUGGAAGACACCAUGAACUGGCUCAGACGAGACCACUCGGCCAGUAAAGAGGACUACAUGGAUCGGCUUGAGCAUUUACGAAAGCAGUGCGGUCCACACGUCACGGCGGUGGCCAAAGACUCGGUGGAGGGAAUCUGUACGAAGAUCUACCACAUCUCGGCCGAGUACGUGCGACGCAUCCGCCAGGCCCAUCUCACUCUGCUCAAAGAGUGCAACAUUAACGUGGAUGGCGCGGAGGCAGCAGAGGUUCAGGACCGAUUGGUGUACUGUUACCCGCUCCGAUUGGCCAUCCCAUCCCCCCCGCAGCCUCGCGUGGAGCUGCACUUUGAGAACGACAUCGCCUGCCUGCGAUACAAGGGCGAGAUGGUCAAAGUCAAUCGAGGUCACUUCAGCAAACUGGAACUGCUUUACCGGUAUAGCUGUAUUGAUGACCCCAGGUUUGAGAAGUUCCUUUCACGUGUUUGGUGCCUUAUCAAGAGAUACCAGGUGAUGUUUGGCUCUGGUGUGAAUGAGGGCUCUGGCCUGCAGGGGGCGCUUCCUGUUCCAGUGUUUGAGGCCCUUCAUAAACAGUUUGGGGUCACUUUUGAGUGUUUUGCUUCACCGCUCAACUGCUACUUCAAACAGUUUUGUUCAGCCUUUCCCGACAUAGACGGCUUCUUCGGAUCUCGGGGGCCUUUUCUAAGCUUCUCCCCAGCCAGUGGCUCAUUUGAGGCGAACCCUCCGUUCUGUGAGGAGCUCAUGGAUGCCAUGGUAACACACUUUGAGGAGCUUCUGGAACGUUCCAGCGAGCCUCUGUCUUUCAUCAUUUUCGUCCCGGAGUGGCGUGACCCACCGACUCCUGCUCUUACGCGUAUGGAGUCGAGCCGUUUCCGCCGACAUCAGAUGACCGUACCGGCGUUCGAACACGAGUACCGCAGCGGCUCCCAACACAUCUGCAAGAGAGAGGAGAUGUAUUACAAAGCCAUUCACGGCACAGCCGUCAUCUUCCUGCAAAACGAGGCCGGAUUCGCCAAAUGGGAGCCCACUGCUGAGAGGAUCCAGGAGCUGCUGGCUGCCUAUAAGGUCUCCGGUCGCUCGCUGUCCUCCCCGGGACCUUCCUCCUACAGCACAGGGUCCGGAGAAAAGGACUCCAGACCAGCUCCAGAGCGCACGUCUAGCCUGGACGCGCCUUUAAGCCAGGACAACAGCAGUCCGGUCCACAAGACCGCGCCGGACAUGGCAAAUACUUAAACACAUAGCCACCACCUUUGUGUGUGCAUGUGUGUGUGAAACAGAGAACUUGUGUGUGUACGUGUGUGUACGUGUGUGUGUGUGUGUGUGUGUGUGUUUCAGAGUAACAGAGAGGGACAGGGGCUGAAACAUUCGUGGUGGGAUUUGGUUGGGAUCAACUCG